CCAAAGAAUGGCGGGUACGGGGUUGGUGGCCGGAGAGGCCGUGGUGGAUGCGCUGCCGUAUUUUGACCAAGGCUAUGAAGCACCUGGUGUGCGGGAAGCGUCUGCGGCGCUGGUAGAGGAGGAAACUCGCAGAUACCGACCUACCAAGAACUACCUGAGCUACCUGACAGCCCCGGAUUAUUCUGCUUUUGAAACUGACAUAAUGAGAAAUGAAUUUGAAAGACUGGCUGCUCGGCAACCAAUUGAAUUGCUCAGUAUGAAACGAUAUGAACUUCCAGCCCCUUCCUCGGGUCAGAAAAAUGACAUUACUGCAUGGCAAGAAUGUGUAAACAAUUCUAUGGCCCAGUUAGAGCAUCAAGCGGUUUGAAUUGAGAAUCUAGAACUAAUGUCACAUCAUGGAUGCAAUGCCUGGAAAGUAUAUAAUGAAAAUCUGGUUCAUAUGAUUGAACAUGCACAGAAAGAACUCCAGAAGUUAAGGAAACAUAUUCAGGAUUUAAACUGGCAGCGAAAGAAUAUGCAACUCACAGCUGGAUCUAAAUUAAGAGAAAUGGAGUCAACUUGGGUAUCUCUGGUCAGUAAGAAUUAUGAGAUUGAAAGGACUAUUGUGCAAUUAGAAAAUGAAAUCUUUCAAAUUAAGCAGCAACAUGGAGAGGCCAACAAAGAAAACAUCCGACAAGACUUCUGAAAAGACAGAUUGAUUCGGUGGGUAGAAAGAAAGGCAAGUUGGGCUUUCACAGAAGAUCAGGCAUCUGAACUAUGAAGAUCAGUGGCGUGUUAC